UUACGUACCUUGCCGACCGGCAGAUUUCUAUACAGAUGGGACAGGCAUUCUGGUGUCGCGGGCCUGGCUUAUCCACUCGGUUCACGAUCGACGACUACCCCUAUUUACGACCCCAAAAGGGGAAUGGGGUAGAUUAUGCGAGCUUUGUCCAGGCUCAAGUUGAGUUGACCACUAUCUUUGGGAAUAUCCAUGAUAUUCUGUACGCGUCCAAAACCCGCACGGUGCAGCUUAUGCUCAUGGGCGACUACACCAAGUAUCUUGACGAUAGCUCCAAGGCACUGGCCAUGUGGAAGGAAGCCUGGGCCAAUGUCAAUCUACCUCAUUAUCUAAGUGGUCUCUUGUGUCUUCAAUUCGAGUACCUACGUCUUUACAUCAAUGCGUUCGCUUUCCAGGCGGUUCUUUAUCGAACACCCAAAGGUCCUGCUGGAUGUGAUAGUGGGAAGAGUUCGUACUUUCCAUACAGCGUCAUGGCUAGCGCCGAUGGUAGACACAUAUAUAUUGCUAUUGAUGCAGCCAAAAGCGUGCUCAAGUAUCUCAUGGAGCGGUUGAACCCAACACAGCACUUCCGGUAUAUUCCUGUCCGGUUCUACCUAUACGAAAUACAUGCAUCGGUGUUCCUUUUCAAAGCGCUGACUGUUGGAGCUUUAAACUCUGAGGAACACCAGACCUGUACCACGCUAGUUCGCCAGUUCAUCUCCAUGCUUAAAAGUGCAGCUACAAGCCCAUCACACAUUGCCUCCAGAUACGGCAAGCUGCUCACAAGCCUGUGGUUCCAAGGACAAACCACCCCCGACACAACAGAUGCCUUUGUUGAAUCGAGGCACUCGGCACAAAACCUACUCCCGAGGCCCAUAGACCUUGACGAUUUCACAAAUCCAUCCAUGAUAGGUAGUACUAAGCCUUUCCAGGAUGACUUCCCUACCCAUCAGGUAUUACCGCUCCUGGAGCCAACUGAAGCUUUGGAGUGCCCGGACGUUUUCUUGUCUAACCUGCCGUUUCUUCGCGGCGGCUUUCCUGAUUUAGAUGCCCAUGCCGGCGCUAAUUCCCCGCAAAAUGAAGCCCGUGACUGUGUCUACCCCGGAUUCCAAUUCAGGAAUAGUGCUACCCCGCAAUGUCAUGAUUUCCUUAUCAGCCUGUCGGCAUGCGGAGCUUCCAUGCUUUUCGGCUUUGAUAUGGGCGUUAUCGGCGGUGUCCUAACCAUGAACUCGUUCAAAGAGCAAUACGGGCUCAUAGGAAGGGAAGACACUGUUCUCGCGAACCUAGAGUCGAACAUCGUCUCGGUCAUCCAAGCGGGGUCCUUUCUGGGAGCACUAGUCUCUACCUACGUUGCCAAUGCCAUCGGACGACGAUUGUCACUGAUACUCUCCGCAUUGAUACUGUUCGUUGGUGUUGCCAUGCAAGCUGGUGCUAGUGGCAUCAUUGGAGUUUUAUUCAUCGGGGGACUCUCCAUUGGGAUAGCAUCUUCCGUGUGUCCAAUAUAUAUCGCUGAGAACGCACCCCGCGGUAUCCGUGGAUUACUGACGGGGUUCUAUCAACUGACCCUAGUAUUCGGUCUCACGUUAGCGUUCUGGAUCAACUACGGCUGCGAACGUCAUUUAACAGGAAAGGAGCAGUUCAUCAUUCCUCUUUCACUCCAAGCAUUCCCCGCCAUGAUCCUUUUAGUCGGUAUGUUCUUUGCAAACGAGUCACCACGGUACCUCGCAAUGAAGUGGCCGGAGAGAGCAUCACGCGUUCUUGCUACACUCCGGGGUUUACCCGAAGACCAUCCGUAUGUGAUGGAGGAGUUGAACAACCUGCGGCUUCAACUAGAAGAGGAGUCCCAACAUUCCGUAUCAUCGAUGUGGUCUCUUCUGAGAGAAUCCUUCUCACGAAAGUCCUACCGCCGGCGAUCAAUUCUCUGUAUUACCCUCAUGAUGUGGAGCAAUAUGACGGGGACCAACGCCAUGACAUAUUAUUCUCCCACAAUAUUUGCCAGUGUCGGCCUCUCAUCGUCGUCUGUGGGUCUGUUUGCGACGGGGAUAUACGGUAUCGUCAAGUUUAUCGCCUGUGGCAUUUUUAUUGUUUUCGUAUCGGACACUCUUGGUCGCAGAAGAUCGUUAUUAUGGACAGGAAUUGUUCAGGGCAUCAUGCUAUUUUACGUCGGGUUUUACGUCCGAUUCGAUACCAUAUCGGAAAACGCCCCAAUAACACCGCAAGGAUACAUCGCCCUAAUCGCCAUAUACCUCUUUGCCGCUGUAUACCAAUUUGGAUGGGGACCAGUGGAGAUUCCCCCAGCACGCCUUAGAGCCCUUAACAUGGGCAUGGCCACAGCGUCGCAGUGGUUCUUUAACUUCGUGGUUGCCAAAUCCACGCCGACCAUGUUCGCAACGUUGGGGAAAAACGGGUAUGGGGCCUAUUUUGUUUAUGGAAGUUUCUGUUUCGUGAUGGUCAUAUAUACUUGGUUCUUUGUGCCGGAAACAAAGGGACUGUCGUUGGAAUUUAUGGACGAGCUUUUCGAACGGGAUACGGUGCGUGGCCAGUUUAUACCGACGCGCGAUGUGCAUUAUUUGGCGGGUAAGAGUCAAGAUGAGUGA